CCGCUUCCAUUUAUGCCUUUUUGGAACACGUGACCAGGCCCACCUUUAACGCUCUAAGUGACGCUUUUACCCUCGCUGGAUCCCCAAUUUACACAACGAGUCCUCGUCCCUGUUUCCAUGACCAUAACAAACUUACAGUUAACACUCUAACAACCUCUCUAUCACUUUAGCGUCAUUCUGCGUUCUAUCGCAGUUGUUCCCAAAACGACGCCGUUCGACCACACUCUCGGUACGUCGCAGCAUGGCGGAGAAAGUAUUCAGCGCGAAAGAGAUCUUCGCCGCCGAUUCGUCCAACAUCUUCAUAAUGAUUCUGGCAUUGUUGAUUUGGCUCGGAGCUAUACACCUCAAUUUCCUCUUUAUUCUCUUGUUGAUAUUCCUUCCUCUCUCCAAAUCACUCUUGCUUUUUGGUUUGCUGGUUGUGUUGGUGGUGAUUCCGGUGGACGAUAAGAGCAGAUUGGGAAGAAGGUUGGCGAGGUCCUUAAGCAAGUAUGCUUGUAGUUACUUCCCGGUCACGCUUCAUGUAGAGGAUAUGAAUGCAUUUGAUCCUAAUCGCGCUUAUGUUUUUGGUUAUGAACCACACUCGGUUUUGCCAAUUGGUGUCAUUGCACUAGCUGAAAGCAUUGGUUGGAUGCCACUUCCAAAAUUGAAAGUUCUUGCUAGCAGUGCAAUUUUUUACAUACCGGUGUUGAGACACUUAUGGACAUGGUUUGGCGUCACACGCGCAGCAAAGAAAAAUUUCAUCUCCCAGUUAUCAGCUGGAUACUCUUGCGUUUUAAUACCUGGUGGAGUGCAAGAAACAUUUUUUAUGAAGCAUGGCUCCGAGAUUGCUUUCCUUAAAACAAGAAGAGGAUUUGUUCGUAUAGCAAUGGAGCGUGGUCAUCCCUUGGUUCCAACUUUUUGCUUUGGUCAGUCAGAUGUCUACAAGUGGUGGAAACCAAGUGGGACGUUGGUUAUGAAACUUUCAAGAGCUAUAAAGUUCGCCCCAAUAUUUUACUGGGGGAUUUUCGGAACACCAAUACCGUUCAGACGUCCAAUGUAUAUAGCAGUGGGCAGACCAAUUGAACCUCCCAAAAAUCCAGAACCAACCCAGGAGGAGGUUGACAAAGUGCUUAUUCAGUUUGUGGAUGCACUACAAGAUCUAUUCGAAAGACACAAAGCUCGGGCUGGAUAUCCAAAGCUUGAGUUAAGAAUCCUAUGAUAAGGCCGUAAUAUCUUGUCACGAUUC